CUAGCCAUUUCUCAGCGCGCAUCGGUUGAUUUCUUAGUACAGCUGGUGUCAAGAUGUCUCUAAAAGGCUGGUGAUUACGUCUAACCUACGGCCUAGACGAUGAGCCAAAACGAAACAGUGUGCGACGAUUUGAAGACUGAAGAAAGCCAGCUCUGGAGAGACCGGGAAGAGUCUUCCAGUUUAUUUGACGAUCAGAAUGCAAAACUAUUCAAAAUAUUCGGACGACAAUCCGAAAUCGACAAACAAUUAAAACAGUUGUCAUUGGAAAAUACCAUGGGUAUGCAGCAGGAAAAAGCUCUUCUUAGGAAAGAACAGCAAGACUAUGACUGCGAUAUACAAAAUUUGAUUACACAGAGAGCCGCGACGUGGACAAGACGAAAUGAGGCCGACGAGCGUCUAUCUCGUUUUCAAUCUAGAGCAGCUAAAAAGAGUCAAGCGGAUGAGCCAAGUGGUAUAGCUCCACGUCUCGGCUUUUGGGAAAGCACCAGCCAUUCAAGAGACCAUGACAUGAAACGUUUACAUGAAGAGCUUGAGCUCCAGAAAGAAAGUGAAAAAGCUAAAGAAAAAAACGUGGCUAGAAAAAUGAACCUCUCACUGCAAUUGAAAGACCAGCUGGAAAACGAGCGCCAAGACAAUGCUCGAUCACACACUCAACCCCUUGGAAACAUAAAGCUAAACGAGGAGAUUGCGGAUUUCGUUUUUGGAAAAAUUCCUCUUUGUGGUCAACUUGUAUACAAAACUGAAGGUGAAGACCAUGAGAGUACAACAAGAACAGAAAGUACUAUACCUCAGAAAGAUCCAAACAAUAAACCGACAGAAAUGUGCUCAUCUACCAGUAUGGACUGCAUGAAUACAUUAAAAGAAGGACAAGGCUCUAACUUGAGAAACGAGGAGGUUCUUUCUGCUAAAAGCACGGAAUCUGUCGUAAGUAAAAAUCUACCAAUACUCAACGCUCAAACAGACCAGGCAAUUUACUGCAAGGACACUAUAUGUUCAAAUACUCAACCUAAGUGUGCUGAGAGUGGGGAGAAAGCGAGACAGCUUACUCUCAAAGCCAGCACACCAACCAGCUAAGCACUGCUCCAAUGAAAGUGAGCACUACAGAUACUCAAGAUGCUAGAUCUUAGAGCGAAGAGAAAUUGACUCCUUCCAGUGCCAGUCGGAUACCGUUGUAUGCUCGAUAGAGUGAGCACGUACCGCUGUGCAUGGCAACCCGAUUCGGGUCUGCUAAUUAAUAGGCAGCUAGAGUGCCAUAUUCGGAUUGGACUAAUUAAUUAAGUCACAAAAUAAAGUUGGAUAUAUUGUUUUGUGCGUGUAAUUGAUUUCUUCAGUGCGUAUUUGGA